GUCCCCAUUUUCCAAGCGCCUGGGCUCAGCCGUGUUCUAUUUUUCUGCCCCCCCCCUCACACGUUCCCGGAGUAAGGUACAUAUAGAUAGUGCCUGACUUCUUGGCCCAGGGUCUUCGAGACGGAUCAGUUUCUUUUUCACUCAUCGACCUCCCCCACCCACACACUCAACUUUUUUUCUCCCAUUGUGCCACGAACUUUAACCUGCGCCGUCAUACUCAUGGAGACGCUGCUGGCCCAUUCGUUCGACUACCUUUCCUCUUACGAGCCUAGCAAGGUCCGCAAAGGGCUGCGGCAGGUCGAAGGGCUCCUCGCACAGAUCUGCUUAUCCAAGUCGAAACGCUCGGCGUCGGACAAACGGCGGUCCCUUCUAUCCUUUGGGGCUCCGCAACCAGUGCCCAAAACAUUGUCCGAGCUCAGAGAUGAUCCGGCCUUUCGCGAAUUUUUCAAGCUGCAGGAGGGGUUUCAAUGGAAUGUCGCAAUGCGCCUGGUGACAUGUCUCGAGCACCUGCUCGGCCGGGGAAGCAACGGCACCAAUGACUUGCUCAUCGUCUCCACCCUGGACCUGAUACAAGGCGUGCUUCUCCUCCACCCCCCGUCGCGCACCCUGUUUGCGCGCGAGAUCUACAUGAACCUACUACUCGAUCUCCUCGACCCAAUCAACUGCCCGGCGAUCCAAUCCGCGACCCUCCUCACCCUGGUCACGGCGUUACUGGACCACCCUGCCAACACGCGCACUUUUGAGGAACUCGAUGGACUUCUGACCGUGACCUCCCUCUUCAAACAGCGCGCCACAUCGCGCGAAGUCAAGCUUAAACUCGUCGAGUUUCUGUACUUCUACCUGAUGCCGGAGACGCCAAUGGUUGCAUCAAGCGCUCCCAAUACGGCGGUUGGCCACCAGCGCAGUCCAAGCAAAUUGGGCCUGGCACAGGUGUCUCGGAGUGUCAAUGUCCCGGGAGUUCACGGCGGCGGAAAGGCGCACCGCGACACUCGCACGACAGACGAGAAGCAGUCCUUGCUGGGGCGGUAUCUGAACAACGUGGAGGAUCUAGUCGAAGAUUUGAAAGAAACGGCGCCCUUCGGUGCGACGGUUUAUUAGCGGUGCGGGUGUUACGAGCGUCAAUAAUGGGUUCGGUUCUCUUGAGUCUUCUGUGUUUAUGUUGAGCGAUGGAGCGUGCAUGGAUUACGGUAUCAUGGCUGGGUUUCUUAUGGCUUUUCCUUUCCUUUUAUUUUUCUCCCCCUCUUCCUUUCCCU